AGCUGUCAGUUUUAACGCGUUAAUCGUGCGUUAAUUAAAAUAGUAUUUGACGCCGACAAUUUUUUUUAUCGCACGUUAAUCGCGCAUCAAAAACACACUUUUCACUAAGACCACACGCACACACACAGCGCUUUCUGUACUGUGAGUUUUUCUUUUUUUUUCCCUYGGCGCACACCGUAGCUCCAGGAAAAACAAGUGCGUGGUAGCAGGACGAUAGCAUGACUUUAAUAAGCAGAGAUGGCCAGCGGAAAAGGUAUCUUAAAUGGCAAGUUUCUUUUCAAAGUUAUGCCAGAUGGCUCUCUCGACAAAAACAGAGUUGUUUGUACUUAUUGUUGCGAAAUGAGUUACCACCGGAGUACGUCAAGUCAGAAAUACCACUUGUUAGCCAAACACACCGCCAACACAGGAAACAGCCAACAACAACCAACUCGACAGACAACGCUGGAUAAUGUCCACCAAAAACCCAUGAGCAGCGCCACCAAAAAACGACUUGGAACAGCUCUAGCUAAAUGGAUAGCUACCGCUUGCAGACCGAUUAAUGUUGUUGAGGAUGAAGGUUUGCUUGAAAUUAUUCGCAUUGCGAGCAACGAUCCUACAUAUGAACUUCCUUCAAGAGCUUCAACUGUGACCAAGAUAAACAAUUUGUAUGAAGACAAGAAAGCUAACGUGAAGGAAACUUUGGAGCAGACAAACACGGUGGCGCUCACAGGUGACUAUUGGACUUCUCUCGGCAAUCACAACUACCUCGGGGUCACGGCACAUUAUUUUAGCCCGCAGUGGGAACUACAGUCGCAUGCUUUGACUGUUAUGAAAACAGAGGAGAGGCACUUUGCUAGUGUAUGCGCUGACCACUUUAUGCACGUGGCAAGGCAGUGGGAUAUUGAGCAUAAAGUCACUACUCUGACUACAGAUAGUGCACGUAACAUGAUGGCAGCAGCCAGACAGUUGCCCUUCGAGCAUAUGCCUUGCAUCGCUCAUACUAUUCAUCGAGCUAUCACAGUUUCUUUGCAAAACAGCCCGUUUGACAAUGCACUCGCAAAAUGCAGAAAGUUAGUGGGACAUUUUAAACAUAGUCCUUCUAACAUGGCAGAGUUGGAACAGAAGCAGAUUGUGCACAAUCAGAAGACAGAGUCACUCACACAGGAUGUGUCUACAAGAUGGAACAGUACCCUGGAGAUGAUCAGCCGUGUACUCAGAAAUCAGGAMCCUCUGAAAGAUGCUCUGGCCCUACAUCCAGCCAACAUCACCAUGCCAACACCUGCUGAGCUGGAUAAACUGAAGAAGCUGGAGGAAGUGUUGGAGCAUUGCAGGUACGUCAGCAACCUUCUGGGAGGAGAGAGAUUUGUUUCCUGCUCAGUGGUGCUGCCAGCAUUAUGUCAUCUGUCAAGGGUGAUGGAGGUCUCUGAGGAUGACCCAGCUUACAUGGCUAAAUUUAAGGUGAGCUUCACAACGGACAUGGACAAACGCAAGUUAAAAACUAACAUCACAUGGCUGAGGACUGCAAGCGCCCUUGAUCCUAGGUUCAAGAACCUUAAGUGUCUGAGCAGACCUGAGAGGUCUGAGGUGUGGUGGUCUAUCACUGCCUUACUCAGGGAGGAGGAGACAAAGAGGCCUGGACAACCAGAG